AUGAUUGACGAUCUGCGAUCCUCCGAAAAUUUGACGUUGCUACGAUGCCUAGGAAUCACAUCCUCCAGCAAUGCGUCAUUUGCGGUUUCGUGGGGAGAUGUCUGCUACGUCGCCGGUGGCGUAAUUGCGUUCUACUCGCCGCGACGCAAUAGGCAGACCAAGUUCUGCUUUGCAGAUGCACCGGUUUCGGCCCUGGCACUGAGUAGGGAUAGAAAAUUAGUUUGUGCAGGGGUGAAAACAGUACCUGCGUCUCUACUCGUCUUCGACGCAUCAACUUGCGUAAUUGUGGAACGCUUUGAGAGUGAGCGUGCUGUCUGCGUCAAUGCUAUUGCUUUUUGCCCCGACGGCGAGAUGAUUGCGUCUGCCGCUUUACUGCGCGGUGACUGCUCGCUGACAGUGCUGGGUGACGCUUCUCUCCAUGGUGGCAAAGUAAAAUGUGUGAUCUGGACAGCAGAAUGGUUGAUAUCAUGUGGGAUUGCGGGUGUGAUGUUCUGGGAUGCUCGUUGUCUCGAGCUUGUACGCCAAUGCGCAUGUCCUAGCCCGCUGUGCGAUUUGGCGCUAUGGGGUUGCUAUGCUUUUGGAAUUUCCGCCUCAGGAAGCCUGCUCCUAUUCAAACCUAAGUGCACAAGAAUACUUCCCCUUGAUGCGGAGGUAUUUGCACUAUCAUGUGUGGGUGAACUUGUUGUUGUUGGUUGUACUGCGGGCAUCGUACGUUUGUUUCAGAUGGCAACUCUGGCAUAUGUGGGUGACUUACCACGCCCCCCCCCGCUCGGCUUGCAAAAUGCAACCUCGCAGCGAGAUUUGCUGGCUGAUGAUGAUCAACCGCAAAGCUAUCCAUCUACACUGUGCGUGCGGCUUCUGUGCGAUGGCACAUCGACCCGAGUUGCUGCCGCCUAUGCAGACCGAUCCUUGCUUGUCUGGGAUGUGGAGAUUCCAUAUGCGGGAGUCAAGUAUCGUUCCUUUCUUCACCAUUCAAGUUGCAUUUGGGAUCUCAAAUGCUUCGAGAAGAAAACCAAGGAUGACUCACCUGGUCUAUCGUCGACCAUCUCAGAGUCAUUUCCCAAUGGCACGUUCGUCACUUGCUCUUCUGACUUGACAGUUCGAUUUUGGGAUCUCGAAGCAGCGACAACCGGAAAGCACGGACUCUCGAAGCUAAGACACAAAACACGCAGGAAUAUAUUCUCCCGUGAGCUCCUUCGCGUCUUGGCUUUGGAUAAUAUCAACGAGAAGUCUAUAAUGUACAACAAGCCGCGAACACUUGCAUUGCGCUCGGGUGGCCUUGAAGUUGCAGUUGGAGUUGAAUCAGGAAAGAUUGCAAAGAACAUCCGUGUGCACGUGAUCUUUGAUGCAGCCUCCAUUGUGGCAACGCAUACUAUCCAGGCUCACACUGCUGAGGUACUUCGCGUUUCAUAUUCACGCCAGGCGCUACUAGCGUCUGCUGGAAGAGAUGGCCUUGUUCGCAUAUUUGAUGGUACGCGAGGUUACUCACUUCUUCAGAAGCUCGAAAAUCAUGGAGCAAAUAUGCCCACCACGUCACUUGCCUUUGCGGUAGAUGGCACAAAAUUGGUCACCAUUGGUGGCGACGCAACGCUUUCUCUUUGUACUGUUGACAAAUCCCUCCGCAUGCCUGUCACCAAAUUUCGGCGAGUGAGGACACGACCCAUAUUUGGCACAGCCUAUGACGUUGCGGUCGAUGCGACGGCCAAAUACGCUAUCUGUGCGGGGCCCGAUGCUAGACUGGACGUUCGCUCCCUUCUGACAGGCAAGCGUGUCCGAAGCUAUGAACUCGCGGAUGCAAACGCCACCAAGUUUGAUGUGUACCGACUAUGUGUGGAUAACGCUGGCGUUCAUGCCGCAUGUUGCUACUUCAAUGGUGUGGUUCGCCUCUUUGACUUCUACUCUGGCUCUUGCCUAGCCACAACCAAUGGGCAUGGUGAUCUUGUCACCUGUCUUACAUUUUCAGCAGAUGGAUCCAAGCUUUUGACUGCUGGCAGUGAUGGUUGUGUCCACACCUGGGGCUUGACACCGGAGCUAGUUCGAAUCGCAACAGAGAGAGACUCUGAACUCAGGGCUGCUCAAUGCCAGAAGAAAGAAGCCUCAAAUGUCUACGCCGUGGCUCCGUCGCUUCGCCAGGAGCGAUCUGCCUUGCGGAGUCGCCAAAGAGGGCAGGAGACAACUAUUGCUGUUAGAGGCGGAGUAUUAGGAGUCGAAAACAUGCGCGCACGACUUGCAGCGAUGGGUAUUCUAAAAGGCGACCAUGUGCAUGGAAAAAAAAAAAUGGACAGGUCAAGAGAUGAAAAAUCGGCAGUAACCGUGUUGCAGCCACGGGAGGCGCAUGAUGAUGCUUUGUCUGCUUUAAAGCUUGAGAUGAAUCAAGCGUUGCGUUUAUAUUCAGGCCUGUCUGCUGCUGCAUCUUGCAUAUUGGUUUCAAACGGCAGCACCGGAGUUGAAUCGACAUGUGCAAGUGCAGCACAUCUGUUAUCAAGCUACCGCAACGCGUUUGAAAAUAUUCAGAAGCUUCUGGCUAGGACUGAGCCACACAGACAUUGUUUUAAGAUGGGUUCCGAUAAUCUUCCUUAUAUGCAAGAAGUCGCAGGCCUGUGGCUGUGCAUUGCACAGUUCGACGUACCUAAACAGCAGGAAAUCGAUCCCGCCAUGGCGUUCUCUCUUUACAUUUCCAAAAAAACGGGUACAACCUAG